AGAAAUAUAAAACGCGAGACAGGAGCUUCACUCUUUACUCAUUUGUUGUGAGACCCGGUCAAGAGCAACUGCGUCAUCGUUUGCGUGUAUUGUCAGCGGCAUGGAUGUGGCGGAUUCGCUUGUCAAUGGAAGUGUGCUAAUAGUUCACCAGCUCCAUGAGGGGAAGCACCGAUAUGAAGUGAAAAAUGUCGUCAAGCACCGAAACUCAAGUGGAGGAAAACACAUCAUAAGGAGAGGAGACACGCUGGUGCAAAUAAAUGGCACUGACCUGCAGGAUUUACCCCCCGAUCAGCUGGCUCAGGCCAUAGCAAAGGGUCAGCCAAUGUUGACGGUGCACAAGUCAGGCCGGAAGAAGGAGCACUUUAAGCAGCUCUGCUCAAUGGAGAAUGUUCUCCACCCCAUCUCCAAGGAGGCCACCGUACUUGAAUUCAGCAUGGAAAUGGUGCGAGAGGAAGUCCUGCAGCAGAAUGAGAGCGGCUUAAGGGGCGAUAAAGAAGAGUAUGGCGAUGCUGAGAACAACCUUUGCCCGGCUGAGGACGAGGAGAAGAAACGGGAAAGCAAUUUGCUUGUUGUUACCAUGACGGAAACUAGCUUCUCUGUGUUGAGAGGAAGGGGCUGUGAUUCUGGGAGCGACUGCCGUGGAUGUCAUGGGACAGGAUGUACCCUCAAUGACAUUGUCAUUGUGGCAAAGUCCAGCAAGGUGACACUUGUUUCAAGAGGAGGGGGCACUUUCAAACAAAUGAUGGCGUUGAACACAGCAGUUGAACAUGUGGCCUCGCACAAAUAUCUACGAGGGCUUUGUUCACAGAAGACUCUCUAUGUUUCACCUCAACCAGAGAAAAUGACCAUCUACUGCUACAAGUCAACUUAUUUGGACCAAAAUUACCCUGUGGUCUUGAACUUCUCAGACUCCGAUUGCUUCCUUAAGUGCGCCAAGAAAGAAGAGCGGGUGCUGCUGCAAGUGGAGGCAGUGGAUAAGAAGAUGAUGAAAAGCAUUUCCAUGAACGAUGAGACCAAACUUUGUUUCGUCUUCUACAUGAAAAGUGACAGCACAAAGCAGCGCACGUUUGAGUCUGCACUCUACAGGGGAUGGUACAUGCAAAUCGCCAGUUCAGCUUCCACAGACUCUGUGGAAAUGGCAAAAUCAGAUGGACACCAAGGACCUCAGUCAUUCCUCUUCAUCAUUCAGACUUAGACUUAGAAUUACCCCCCCCCUCCCACAAACCUACCCAACAACACC